UUUCACUGCACAGUUGAACAGAACCGCGUCGUUUGAAGAUGAAGGCCAUUUUCGUUGUAGUUGUCCUGGUAUUUGGCUGCACCAAUGCAAAGCCAAAUCCAGCUAAACGAUCCAGUCUAACAUGCAAAAAUUUUCCGAAGCAGAUUUCAGGACGACAGUACCUGAUAACGGUGAGUGAUUCAGGGUCUACGGUUUAUGACGUGACAUUCAGCGUGGACGUGAAUCUACAGAUAACAAAUAUGGAAACAACUGCCGGUGGCCAGGGGUCACAUAGUUUGCUGCUGGAUUACAAAGGGGGCAAGAUGUACGUGAGUUAUCCUGGUGGAUGUUACAGUUCACCACUCAAAGAUAAGUUCCCUUUCGGUCCUGAAGGACUCCCUAAGGACUUGAAGUUUGAAGCGUCUGGUGUACUUGGUUUGAACGGAGCCUCAGUUGAUUUGUAUUCGUACUCGAAUGAACAAGGCAAUGGCACGUUUACAUUCCAAGGCGAUGACUCGUGUCUUCCAGUGAGUUUUGCAGAUAAAAGCCCAGGUUCAGCUACAGCUGGAAGUUACCUGGACAUGAAGACUACCGUUGACCCUGAGAAACUGAAGAUACCUGUAGAUUGUGACCAAGAGAUCACUCGACGAUCUAUUCCAGCCAUGGUGCAUGUUGUACAUCUGAAGCAGGCAAUGAAGAGGGGAUUUCCAUGGAUUGAGACCUCACUUAAGUCUAAAAAACGGGGAUUUCCAUCGAUUGAUGCCAUACUUAAUUCUCAAAAACGGGUAUUUUCAUGGAUUGAAUUACAGAAUAACCGAAAAAGAGGAUUUCCCUGGCCCCUGGGUAGCGGGAAAUGAGCAUUAAAUGUCCCUCACAGAAGCUGGUGACUUGCCACUAGAGCAUUAAAUUAGAUUAGCUAAGGCGUGAUAGGUGAACUGUAGUUACCGCGGGUUUCAGUUGAAAUUAAAGUUCCUCUAGUUAUCAUCAA